CUCUUCUUUAUUCUAUUUGUUUGUUCAAUGAUGAUUUACCUUUGAACACAAGAAAAUAUGUUUCCAGAAUUCCAACAUAUCCUCGUCUAUUUACCAAGUUUGCUAUGUUGUCACUACAUCCUCUUUUAUUUUUCUUGUGAGACAUUUGGUAGAUUUUGUUUCAGGAGUUAGAUAUGUUUUUCUUCCUAGCUUUUCGGCAUGGUGGUUGAAGCGCAUCCAAAAAAACUUGGGAGAAUUCUAAAUGUUCCAAACUUUUAGAGUAUUCACUAUCUUACGGUUUUUGUUUUAAACAAGGUUUAUAAACAUAGCAGGUUUUUACUAAGUAGGUCACAAGAAGAUCUGGAUUUUGAUCAAAUUUGAGAUAUAAUUUUUUUCUUCUCAAUGUUUGUGUUUAACUAAUUAAACUAUAUUCCAGUAUACAGAGUACUCCUAAUAAUCCUUAAGCUAGGCCUAGUUUAAGAUAAAAGGGUUUUGGAAAUCUUAAACUUACCUUCACUUAAGGCCAACCAAAAACCGACAGCGUAGUGUUCACUGUAGGGUGGGUGGUACCCCCAAACGAGUAGAAAAUGAUAAUGUCAUCUGCGAAAGCAAGAUGGCUUAUCUUCAUCUGAAAGUAUCCCUUGGGGCUGCCAUUAAUCGAAAUGGAGAGAAAAGUGGAUUUAAG